CCGAUUGUCACAAAAACGUCAACAAGAAGAUUUGCAGGUGGAAUCGCAUGCAUAUUGCCUCCUGUGCUAUUACUUAUUAUAGAUCUUAUAGGACUGUUGCAGUCAAAUAGAAAAUGUGACAGCCAGCUGAAGCAUGACUUGUCCAGCAUGUGCCUCUGUGUACUUGUACAUGGUAUCAAACAUAAAACAGAGAACCAGAAUAAAGGCAUAGGUUGGUCUUGUCUGUGGUAAUAUUUACCCUAACAGCAUCAUGUUGGACCGACAGAUUUUCACAGACAGCCAUGCUAAAUCCAUCCUUACGACCAUGAACAACCUUCGCAAGGUCAACAAGUUGUGUGAUGUCAUUCUGCGUGUGGAGGGUCGAGACUUUCCUGGACAUCGCAUCGUUUUGGCGGCGUGUAGCGAUUACUUCUGUGCUAUGUUUACCAAUGAGAUGUCGGAGAAGGACAAACAGAUCAUUGAGCUACAUGAGAUCUCUGGUAGUGUGAUGGAGGUGUUGUUGGACUUUGUGUACACAGAGACUGUCAACGUGAGUGUGGAAAAUGUCCAAGAACUACUGCCUGCGGCCUGUCUUCUACAACUUACAGGAGUUAAACAAGCGUGCUGUUCGUUCCUGGAGAAGCAGCUUGACUGUACUAACUGCCUAGGAAUUAAAGUGUUUGCUGAACAACAUUCCUGUGACCUGUUGCUCGCUGCUGCUGAGUCCUUCGGUCUCAAACAUUUUGAAGAGGUUCUCGUGCAGGAGGAAUAUAGAAACCUUCCCCUGGAACAAGUCAAGUCCCUGAUCAAGAGUGACGAACUACAGGUAAAUUCUGAAGAGCCAGUGUUUAGUGCUGUGAUGACGUGGGUGAAAUACGACCCUGACAGUCGUAAGGAGUAUCUGGCCCAGCUUCUGCAGCAUGUGAGACUAGCCAUGUUGUCGGCCAGAUUUAUCACUGAUGUUGUUGAUGAUGAGCCACUGAUAAAGAGAAGCCAUGAAUGCAGGGAUCUGCUAGACGAGGCCAAGAAGUUUCACCUACGACCUGACCUACGGUCCACGAUGGUUGGACCACGAAUGAAAUCAAGAAUAGGUACUGAUGAUAUCCUGGUGGUGAUGGGCGGGUUUGGGUCCCACCAGAACAUGGUGGAGGUAGUGGAGCAGUAUGACCCUAAGUCUGGCGAGUGGAAGCGCCUCCCGAACUUGCCAAAGAGACGGAGAUAUGUAGCCGCCGCCGCUUUAGCAGGGAAGGUAUAUGUCAUCGGCGGCUACGAUGGCCAGUCACGUCUCAACACGGUCGAGUGUCUAGAUAUAUCGGCAGACGACCCAACAUGGCAGACUAUCGCCCCAAUGUCUCACAGGAGGGGACUAGCAGGGGUCUGUGUGUACAAAGGCGAGAUCUAUGUUUGUGGCGGGUUUGAUGGGUUUACACGUCACACGAGUAUGGAGUGUUACAAUCCCCACACUAACCAGUGGCACAUCCUCAGCGGCAUGGCUGUCGGACGGGAAGGGGCAGGCCUAGUUGUGGCAGGAGAAAAGAUCUACGGAAUCGGAGGUUACGAUGGAGUCAACCUGCUGGACUCGGCAGAGGUUUACGAUCCUGUUAAGGAGGAAUGGUCCGACAUUGCACCAAUGUCCACCAGACGAUCAGGUGCUGGAGUAGCAGUGGUCAAUGAUAUUGUGUAUGUUUGUGGAGGCUAUGAUGGAACUGACCACCUGGCCAGUGUCGAGAGCUACAACAUCCACACUGGCCACUGGUCAGCGGUCACACACAUGAUUGUACCUCGGUGCUAUGUGGGUGCUUGUGUACUACAAGGGAAGCUGUUUGUUGUAGCGGGCUAUGACGGCAACACCCUGUUGAAUACUGUAGAGAGUUACGACCCGACCACAGGGACAUGGGAACUGUUAGACAGUGCCAUGAAGACUCAGAGAUGUGAUGCUGGUGUAACCGUGGCACGCAAGUUAUGACACAGGUUUCCUGGCAGGUCCUCAGUAGCGGAAGACCUGAUGUCUUCUUAUCCGGUGGAUGCACACUUGCCAGAUAGACACGGACCUUGAUGUGCUCGGUGCCCAGUAAACCUUCCUGCCUGGCUUCUUAUACAUUCUACACUUAUCAGUCUCAAUGUAGGUUUGAUCAGAAAAAAACAGAGCCAGCUUCCUACUACACCAUGUAUCAAAGCCAAUGGUGAAAUGCUAUGGUACAAAAUGAAAUGGAAAAAAAAGUGAUAAUAAGCUUAUGGUAUGGUGCAGUAUACAUGGUCAGUCAUCCGUCUGUACUUUUUGUCCAUUUUGUUCUUUGAAUGGCUUCUUCUUGAAAACUGAAAAAGCCAGGGUCCUAAUAUUGAAACAGUAGGUUCCUGGGAUAGAGUGCUGCAACGUUUUUGCAUAUAAAUGACCUUGACCUACUAUUAAGGUCACAGGGGUCAAAUGUGUUAAAAUCUUAAAGCAACAUCAUCAAAAGAAUCAUAAAAUUAAUAUUUUUCUAACAUAUAAUAUUCAGGUCAAAUGCCAACUUUGAAUGCUUGCUAGGAUCAAAGGGCCAUAAUGUGUGAAAUGAAGAAUCUUAUUGAAUUGCAUAAAGCCCAGGGUCCUGAUAUUUGGCGAGUAAGUAACUUUGGUAGAGUGCCAUGAAAUUUACUCAUAUGAAUGACCUUGACCUACUUUAUAAGUCGCAUGGGUCAAAUAUGGUAAAACAAUCCAAGCAACAUUAUAGUAAGGGUUAGAGCCUUGAUAUUUGGAUAUGUCAUGUAGACAGUAGUGCAAAUACUUUUCUUAGUCUUUGCAUAGUAACUCGGAAAUUAUUGAGAUCCUCAAGAUAUACCAGGAAACCAUACGUUUACUUGUUGAAAGAUUAGCCCCAGAAUGUAGCCCUGCUCCUUGGGGCUUAUUCCCGAGUCAUUAUAUGGAAUCAAUUUAUAUCACCAACCCUAUUAAUGUAGUUUAACACAUUCAUACAGAUCUCACCCAGAUUUACUUCACAGCAUCAUUCGGUCUAGAGAGAUGGAGCCCCAAAUGUAAUGAGAAGGUUUUGCUAUAUUCAGAUGAGUAAUACAGGCCUUCUAUAUGCCGCUUGUUUGUUUAAAGGUGUUUUAAAUUAUCUAUGUAGGAUAUUAUUUUCCUUGAUAAAACUGCAUUUCUGAUAUAAAUACUUUUAUUACAAUUGGAUCAUUCCUGUGUUAUUAUAUUUACAUAUGAUAGGUAUGAAUGUAAGAUCCACAUGGUAUGUGGGUGAAGUACACACCCAGACAAGUCAGAUCCACAGGAUGGACUGAUAACCAAGGUAUCCCAGGAAUGAUUCAUGUAAAAAGUAGAGGCAUUGGAGGGCCCCCAUACAGUGGCUUUCAUAUAUGCAUAAUCUAUUUUACAGAAAUGGAUGUAUUUCUGUGAUCAAUAUUGUUUGAAGAUAGUACAUUCAGCUGCCAUUAUUUUUACUUUUGAUAUUACCUGAAUAUUGUAUGUAUAUUGCCUUUGGAUUAGUAUGCUUUGUAUAUUAUAUGAUAAUCUUAAUCUGCCUGAGUAAAUAAUCGAGGUGUGUGGUGACUUAUCACAGGUGCUGUAUUUGACCUAAUAAGCACUCUAGACACUUCAUCAGAGAAAGGAGAGGGGACACCUAUGAAGGGUAGGGUGCUUACUAUGUCAAUUACAGUACCUGUAGAUCAACACAAGGGUUGUAGAAAUGAUGUAUUAAUGCAGGUUUUUCUAUACUGGACUCUACUGGAGCAAGUUCUAUUACAGCUAACCCUUUCACUUCUGUAGAUCAUAAUGAACUCAUCCAGAUAAAUGUAUGGCGAAAUCUACUUUAAAAGUUACUUAGGGAUGAAAGGGUAAGCGACCAUAAAGAGUUUUUAUUUGAUUGUUUUUUUGUUCAAGUUAUCUAGAAAAGCUACAGUAGUUGUGUUUUCUACCUGAUUGUGAUGAGGUUUAAUCAUGGAGCAAACUAUUUCUGUUUUACAAAGUAUAAAACAAUUGCAAAAAUGUUGUAAAAUAAUGAGUUAUUUAGACAGGUUAGGAAACUUGUAAUGGGAACAAGUAAUAAUCAUAUUAAUGUGUUACAACUCUUGAAAUAUGUGAAAUUAUUUUAUAUAGAAUUAAUGUGUCAUUUUUGUGCAUUCAACAUUUUUUUUUAAUGUUUCCUCAAUAUUUCAGUGUUUUGAUAUGUUAUUCUAGUACUUAUAUAUUGCUCCUAAAUAUCAACAAAAUGGUUCACAUCUAGUCCGGCCUAAAUUUACCCGGACUGUAGGGGUCCAAGAUUGGGGUCAUCCACACUUGCUAUAUUACACUGGGGUCACAUUUGCUCCAUAUGUAUAACUUUGGGGUAGUAGAUCGAGGUUAUUAUCUCUUAAUAUAAAAACCUUAGGUCUGAUUUUAUACAGAUUGAUCGUGGAACCAGAGUUCACUUUAUAUAAUAUAUGAAGGUUACCUGUGUAAUGUAUGCAUAGCUGUGUUAAAUCUUCCUAGAUUUUCUAGAUUUCAGGUUGUAGAUGGUCUCGUGUUACGGUACUUGGAGACACAGUUGUGAAAAGAUUGGGAAAUGAUGUAAACCCUUCUAUCUUGUGUUGAUUCUAUGGGGUUGUAAAAGAAAUCGUCACACAUUGAUUGUAUUUAAUUCAAUUACAAUGUUAAGGAUUCCCACGCCACUGCUAAAACUGUGACUAUGGCUGCAAUGGAAACUGGGUUUUUUUCUGGCGUGUCUAUAGCGUUGAUAGAUCAUUUCUGAAAAGAAACCAUAUCUUGCGGGACUUUUAUGAAAAAUAAUAAAUAUGAAAUGAACAAAUUAUCAACAAGAGAGUUAUGAGUGUCAAAAAUCCAGGGGUGUUAGACCGGGAUUCGAACCCAGGACUUUGAGAUUGUUAUACUAGUGCUGUAACUGACUGACACUACCUGGUCAAGGGAAGUAUACUGGCCCAAAUAUGCUGCAGUUAUAUCCAAAGGAAGUUAAGGGGAGGUAAUUGUAUACAGGAAAAGGGGCCGGUCAGUGGGACAGGGAUCCUUAAGUACUGAAAAUGUAUGCAAGAUGUACAUACCUGGUAUCUUUAAGAAAUUAGUGGAUAAAGUAAGAUUUACAAAUUAGUGCAUCACACAAUUUGAAUAUUUUAUACUUUUUUAAUGAUUUCAUGGGAAGCAGAAAGCUUUUUUUGUACAGAAUGUAUCAGCUUAUUCUAUGUAAUACUUGCAAUAGAGCCAGCUUAUAAAACUGUUCAUCAUUAUAUCACACGUAAGAUGUAGCAUUGAUCAUUAUAUCAGUCGUAAGAUAUAGCAUUGAUUUACUUACAUAUUUUAUCAAUUUUGUAUAUAAGUCCCUGAUAGCAUGGAAUUUCUGUCAGGAAGACAGCUUGUUCAUCAUGUGCUAAUGUGUACCUGAAAAUCUCAGCACAGAGCUCGUUCAUGACCAUUAUACUGUCAUAUCUAUACUGAAUGUUUUGUAUUUGAUUGAAAUUUGAUGGUUCCACUACCCUGCCUUGUACAUGUAUCUACAGUAUAUCUUUUGUUUUUAUUACUGUAUUAUGUUUCAAUGCUAUUCAUCAGUUACAGUAACAUUAUAGCAUCGUAUUCAUUUUAAUUUAAUCGGGCAUGGAUAAAUCAUCCUAUUUACAUAUCAUACCAGUACUUCAAAUAUAUGCAUAUAACACUAUCAAAUAAUAAUAUGCCUGUACUGAUCAUAUCAUUGAAUUGUGCAUUUUGUCAAAGGGAGACAACCCAACAUCAAAUACAACCAAACUUGCAGGCCUUGUUUUAUGUAACGCUGGAAUUAUCUCCCCUUAAUUUUUAUUCCUUUUUUAUCCUGAAUAUAAUGAAGAGGUAGGGAUUAUUUUAGGAGAAGGUUGGGUGGUAAUAUGUGAUUUGCAGAACAGGAUGCGAACCUAUGGCACACUGUGAAAAGUUGUAAUAUCGCAAGUCACUGGCAUUGACUUCAAACCACCGUAAACUUGGCCUGCUGCACAUCAGAUAGUUCCAUCUAUUGAAAUGUUAUACAAAUUUAUGACUUGACUGAACUUGGAUCAAUUGCAUUCAGGAUGAAAAUGGGCUGAAGAAACUUCAGACAUUCUAUGAAUAAAGAUAUCUGUCAAUGUCAUAAAAACAGUAUAGCUUGAGCUAUCUCCCCCGACAAAAAACAUGCAUUUCUUUUAGACAAAGUCUAUAGAAAUACAUUCAGGCAAAUUAUGCAUAUUUUAAUCUUUAAUGGGACAUCAUAUAUGAUUAUAUUCACCAAUGUCGUAAAAUAAACAUGCAUGCGUAAAUUCAAAUUCAGUACCUGCUGUUUGAUACAUUUUCAGUUGCCAUUAUUGCUAAAAAUACACAAGAUACCUAUAUAUCGCUACAAUUGUUAAUAAAAAAAAAAGAUCAUCAGAAUUCCACAGGAAGAGAACAAUAUAUGCCUGUCUGAUGGCGUUGUUCCAACUUCCAACUUAGCUUUGUGUUCUUAACCUUUGCCUUAGAUUGGCUAGUAGCCCUAAGUUUUGUAUGAAGACUUUCCCAGCUGCAUUUUACUACUAGCUUAUCUCCCAUUAGUUUCUAGAAAUUAUUUUUUUGCAAAUAAUUCAACAUUCUAAAGACAGGGGCCAGUGUUCCAUUAUCUUGGGUAAUUGUGACCAAGUAUCAUCAUAAUUUAUUCAAUUGGAAUUCAGAGAUCCUGACAAGUCAAAUCAAUGGUAGAGAUAAAUUGGGAAAGUUCCCUGGUUUUCUGUACAAAUUCAUUGUUGUAAACAUGAUUUAGUUAAUUAGCUAUCAGCAGAAAUAUUCCAGUUUUGACUGCUUAUGACAGGGUGGUUGGGUUUCAUAAGAGAUCAACAAUCUACUGAUCAAAGUUACCUGCUCACUGCUAUAUACAUGUAUGAUGAUUCUGCUCUAUGAGCUGUACAUUGCUACGGAUGUUUGAUCUACUUACUCUACCCUGUGAAAUGGACUGUUAGGUACAGCAGUACAUUCCGCUUAUCACUAACAAUAAUCGCAUGAGGAGCAUGCAAUGCGUCCAUGGUAAUGCUAACCCUAUGAUCAGUAAGGUGGAGUUUGUCAAUAUCUCAAGAUUACCAUUUAUCAAAAUGUUGGUAAAGGCAUCCUUAAAAAAAUUCCUAGGUACAUUUUUGCAUGGCUUUUUGAAACUGUUCAAGUCUCUUAAAUGUAGGUGCAUGAGUGUUUUGAAUUUUUGUAAUUGACAUAUGAUAAGAUACAGAAUGAUGUAUUCAAAAUAAAAUGUGCAGAUAAAUUCAACAUGCUUUGGAUAGGGAACAUUUUAAGUAACUUAUUUCAUUAUACAUGUACUUAAUUUCAAAUAAUCAUGAUUUAACAUUUGCUUUCACAUUGAGUGUUCUCUAUAGCAAAGUAUUGUUAGGAGAUGACCAUUUUGUAAAUAAGUGGUGGUGUUGGCUGACCUGUGCAUAAUCCAAUUAGUCACAUCCAGGUCAGUGAGAAACAGAUUCUACAACUACUCAUUAGAGGGGUUGAUUAGGUCUUAUUAAGAAAUAUGUAAAAGUUGGAGGAAAUCCCGAUAGUGAAGAUGUUUUGUAAGAAAGAGAAGGAUGGUAAGGUAUCAUGUUUGGUUCCAUACCAAACAUAUUGGAAUACUUUUUUGUGCAAAAUUACUACAUUGUUUAUAUACAUAUUCUAUGUACCUGUUAUAAAAGUGAAGAUUAAAGACAACUAUGAUGAAAUCA